GGGAGCGGCGCUGCUGGAGGUAGCAGCGAGACAGCAGAGGCAGCCCGCACGGCAGACACUCACAGGCUGGAAGACCCGCGGAGGAAACGCUACUGAGUCUGUGCGUCUCUUUUGUGAAUUUUUUUUUUUUUAAGUCUUCAGAGAGUCAUGGGAGCUGGGAGAAUGCGCUCCACUCGCAGACUGCGCUCCUGGAUCGUCGAACAGGUCAGCAGUGGGAAGUACCCGGGGCUGGUGUGGGACGAUGAGGCCAAAACGAUGUUCCGCAUCCCUUGGAAACACGCCGGGAAACAGGACUUCCGGAAGGACGAGGACGCCGCCAUCUUCAAGGCGUGGGCGGAGUUCAAAGGCAAGCUGACAGACGGGGGGCAGGACAACCCGGCGUCCUGGAAGACCCGGCUGCGCUGCGCCCUGAACAAGAGUCCGGAGUUCAGCGAGGUGAUGGAGCGAGCCCAGCUGGACAUCACCGAGCCGUACAAGGUCUACCGCCUGGUCCCCAUCAACGAGCAGGGUGUGGUGGUUCCUGAAAAGAAAUGCAGAGUAAAAGCCACCAAGAGGCCGAAAAGGAGGAGGAGCACCGACUCUGAGAGCAGCGACGACAGUCAGGUCAAGCAGAUAAAGACGGAGGAGGCCAUCUCACAGCUGUGUGUGGAAGACAUUGUGCUGUGGAGCGACAUCCCCGUCCAGACAGAAGAACCCACUCAGCACACCGCCACCGUACAGGGAGACGUAGUCAAUGAGAUCAGGUUGGACGUGCGGAUCGAGGAGAGCGUUCCUGCUCCAGCCGGAGUCCAGGACUCUUUCAACGUGGUGAUCCAUUAUUUAGGACAGGAGGUUCUCAAACGCCAAAUCCAGAGCGCUGACCUCAAGAUAAUGUACUUGUCUCCCUCUCCCGUCCCCCCGACGCCGGUCGCCCUGAAGGGCGGGUUUCCGCGCAUCCCGCUGCCGGAGCCGCCCUCCACGCUGCCGGCCGUCCCGGAGCUGCAGGCCCUGUUCACCCUGCUGCCCUUCAUGGAGAAAGGGGUGGCGCUGACCGCCACGCCGCGGGGAGUCUACGGAAAACGCUUCUGCCAGGGGCGGGUCUUCUGGACAGGGCCGCACACGACCACGGGGCUGCACAAGAUGGAGAGAAACACGGAGCCGGUCAUGCUCUUCAGCAAAGACUGCUUCAAGCAACAACUGGACCACUUCCGUCUAAACGGCGGCGAGCGUCCUCAGUGCGGCAUUACGCUGUGUUUUGGAGAAGAGCUGAGUCACACUGAAGACCCGUCUAGAAAACUCAUCAUAGUUCAGAUCUCGUUCCCGUGGGCAGAACAGCAGGUCCAGAACGUCCAGAACGUCCAGUCAGUCUUCGACUCCUUCAGCUCCCUCUACACGUUGGCCAGUCAGUCUCCACAGGGAGAAAUCACUCUGAACCUGAUCGCCGUGCCUUCACCGGACUCGGAGGACAUCACCUGCGGGAGCGUCUGAGCACUUUGUCCAGCGUGAAGGGGGAGUUUUCAUUUCAAAAUAAAAGACAACCCAGUCGCUCACAAAAUAAAAGCAUAGAGGGCCGAGCGAUAAAUCCCAUUGGUUAUCACCUUAAAUUCAUCAUCUAAAAUGUGUCCAAAAUCUGAUGUGGUUUUUAUAUAAUCACCCAGCCCUAACAGAUAGUACAAAACAACAAUAUAGCACUUACCAAAACUCAAAUAGGAAACUUCAAUACUGGACUCCUUUUUUCUUUUCCCUGAAAAUGGACAGUGAACAUUUUUGGGAUGGACUUUGGCCCCUAACGUCCUCUAUAGAGAUUAGCUGGUGAACUGGAAGCACUACAUGUUGAACCAACACUGAGAAGUCGUCUUCACCGCUGCAACAAUUAAUCGGUAAAUGAUUUGUCCAUCGUUGCAACACUCUCUGGUUUCAGCUUCUCAAAUGUGACCAUCUGCAUUUUGUCUUUGUCACAUGACGGUAGCUUUCUUAAGGUUUUCGACUGUUUGUGAAGUUUAGUGAAGAUAGUUUUACUAUUUUUUACAUUUCUAUAGACUGAACUUUUAAUCCAGAAAAUAAUCCAUAGUUGCAGUUCUAGUCGUCUCGUUUCCUCGGGGUUCUCUGUAAAAUAUCAAAAAUGUGAUGUUAACUCUGAUCAUGGCUGCACGGCUGUCUUUCCUCUAAGCCAGUGGUUCCCAACCUGUGGUUCUGGACCCUCAGAAAGGGUUGCAAGUUACCGCCGAGCGGAUCAAGAGACCUUAGACAUUACGUUCCCAUACAUCGAAACAGCAUUGUCGAUUUACGUUCUCAGGAGAAACGUAUUUUCUCCCCAGUUACAUUUGUUUUUGGAGUAUUACAAAAAUGAAUGACAAAGUCCUCGAGUGGAUGGAUAGAUGGGUUAUAAAAACAAGUCUGUGUUUUCAUAACCCACUCACCCAUCCAUCCGCUCGACUUGCAGGACUUUGAUUAGAAACAUUUUUAUAAUACUUAAAAAAAAAUAAAAAGUAACCCGGGGAGAAAAUAGGUUUCUCCUGCAAACGUAUAUUGACUGUGUUGUGUUCCGUGUGAAACCAAAAACAGUAUUCACCGAGCGUACCUAUUCUUUUUUUGUUAUGUAACAAACGUACUUAAUUAACCCAAACCAGGAUCUUCUCCUCAACCAAGUCUUUUUUGUAUCAAUUCACAACAUUAACGAGGUGUUUAAAACUGUGACCUUAAUCUGGGAGAAAAACCCAUUUCCCUUAAAACGAGGUUGAAAAUGCAGUUUAGUUUGCAUGGGAACGUCAUUUUGUAGGAGACCGGGUUUCAAGAGAAGAUUACCAGGAAAAGAAAAGCAGAAAAUCACACGUCUGCUUCCCAAUAUUAACUAAUCUUUACUGGGGUUUUUUUUGUCUUGGAAAAUGAUUAGAUCAUUUUAGGGGUUUUAUUUAAAUGAAGCAGAAACAAGCUGAAACGAUGGGGAACCACUGAUGCAACUUAGGAACUGAUAACAACUCUGUUCAUACUCCAGCUCUUUAUAAACCUUGUUCCUUGUCCUUGUUAACCCUCCUUGUUGUCCUGUGACCAGUUUACAAAAACGUUCUAUAUCAGACAAAAGAAUGUUGGAAAAAUAUAUAAAAACGCAGGAAAAAAACGCUGUAAAGUGUCCAAAAAAACAUCGCCAAAGGGGACAAAAAAAUUAGAAUAAAAUUGAAAAAAGCGUUGAGAAACGUGUAGAAAAGGAACAAAAUGUUGAAAUUUCGACCCAGAAAAACACAAAGUUGCAUGGUUGACGGGAAGACAACACAAGGGUUAAACAUUUAUACGUCAGAUAUUAAUGGUCAAAUAAAGGGAAACAUGCCAUAAAAGGAGGUUGAAGCUGCAAUAAAAAAAAACAAAAAAAGAUCAUAGAGUAGUGAAAAAAAUAUAUAACUUGCAAUAAUGUUUAAUGUAACACCUGUUAGUCUAACUCAACUCUAAGGGUAGUUCUUUUUCAUGUUAGUUAGGCUUCUGAAGUUAAACCAUGGAUAAAUUUUUUUAAAUGUGAGUUGAAGGGUUUUUUUUCUUCAUAGACAAGAAACCUUUCACACUGUUGAUGAGACACGAGCAGUUUGAAGCAGACGGGAUAACCCAACAUUCUUUACUCCUUUAUUCAUCUGGGACAAUCUGUGCAUUUUUAUUAUUGUUAUUGUGUUAAUGUGUGAGAAAGAAAAUCAAAUUUUAAAAGAGUGUAACCAGUUAAGACUUGGGAUUAGGGUUUUGAGAGUUGCACUAUUUUUUUAUAUUUAAAAUGUUUUACAGUUGUUGUUAUGGAUAGUUAAAAGGACAAAGGGACAAAAACAUCCGACAUUUCAAAACUAAAGUCUUGCAGUAAAAACAAGUCUGCUGAAGCUCAGAAUAUUUGGUUUUUGUUGAGGCUGUCGGAGGCGUUUAUACAACUUAAAAGGUCUUUUUUUUUAUGAAGGUGGUAGUCUGGCGUGUUGUCAGGCAAAUGUCCCGCUAGGUGUCUGUGUGGCAGUGCAUGCAACACUGUUCCUCUUUUCCUAAUGCAGUUGAAAUUUUUUCGCAAAAGUUGACAUGCUUAAAGGACAUAUCCGUUGCAUAAAUAACAUCAUUUUGUAGCCACUGAUGCACCAGCCAUUCAGGCAAUUUUCUAAAAGCUCUAAUUUCAAGAGUUGUGAUAGUAACACUUUACUUUAACCCCUUCAUUUAGUUUUAGUAAGCACUAUAUAAGCAUUUCAUAAACUGUCUAUAACACACUUUAAUGUAGUUGUAUGCAGCUAUAAAGGACAUGUUUAAGUGUUUAUUAAUGUACAGUUUUGUCAGCAAUUAUAACUUUUCCUACAAAGACUUAUAUUGUGUUUUAAUAAUAUAUUGUCAUUCAUUAUCCAUUCCACAGUCUCGCUGCUCCACUGGAGGAGUUAUAGUUGUUGACAAAUGCAUUAAUAAACACUUAAAAAUGUCCUUAUAUCUGCUUACAACUACAUUUUAGUGCGUUAAACUGUUGAUGAUUUAAAAAUGCUAUAAUAAUUACUUUUGCUUUAAAAGCUUUUCUCGUUGCUAGCAUGACACUGAAAAGGGGACAACACGACCAAACUACAGCGGUUAGACUUUAAGCCGCUUAGCAUCGCAUGCAUCCAACUCCCGAAGUCAAAAAUACCGCCGCGGCGUCCGUUUGAACACAAACAACCGGACAGUCGGACAACAAAACGAAAAAUAAAAUACAUAAAAAACUUUGAGCUUCAACAAAAUUGUUUUUACUGCAGGACUUUUGUAUUGUAAAGGUGUUUCUGUUAUUUUUUCCAGCCCCCUUGAGCUUGUAAUAUACAUGGGAUUUAACAAUAAAAAAAAAAAAUAGACAAAAAUGGGACCACAGGUGCAUGGUAAAAGUGUUAAAAUGGUGUUUUAGGGUGAACAUGUUCUUUAAAUCAGAAGGGUGUUGGGCUGGACCACAAGGCACACUCUGGGGGUGGAGGGGGGGGAUCUACCAAGCUGUACAUAUGUUGUUAUUUAUGCAUGUUCUACGUUAUGUCCCUGUUCAGUCGAUAAAAAUGCAUUAAAAAUAAAUCUAAACUGUG